AUAGUCAGGCAUCAUGAUUGUCUAUCACGGACCAAAUCAAAUAGCAGAAAGUAAAUAUUAUUCAACGUCUCUAUAUUCGACUGGUUUGGACUGCUGGACUGGAGGAUAUCUCUUUUCAUUUCCUUGAUUUCCCGACGUACGCAUUCAUCCUGGGACCGCUGCCACGGGACGACAUGGCGUUCUUCGUCGCUUUAAAGGAAGAAUUUGCCGCUUUCCGCACCUCGAAGAUAGUCUCUCCGUUUUAGCAGAAGGCGAAGCGAUGGGAUUGACCGGAGAAAAUCUUCUGACGGAGCUAAUUGCUACAGUCGAGCCGAUAAUCGCAGACAUCAUGACGAAGAUGACCGAAGACCCAGGAACCCCUGAAGAAAAGCACAAAUGGGAGAGGUGACGUAUCCAGUGAUGCGUAAACGGCGUGGACUGGGCAGCGCCUUUCUGGGCCUCUUCGUGGGCUUACUUCUGGGUUUCCUCGUACUCAGCUACCGUCUGAUCGUUUCCAAUCAGCAACAGCAGGUCGCCAUGUGGACUUCCAUGCCUGGCGUGCGGUCGCCGCCGCGAGCGUCGGCUCAAAACAUGCCGGAGCUGAAGGACGACGAGCGAAUCAACAGCUCGACCUCGAGUCUCGUGUUCGUGGGCGUGAUGACGGCUCAGAAGUACCUGGACACGCGAGCUAAAGCCGUCUACGAGACCUGGGGCAAGGAGUUACCCGGCAAGAUAGCUUUUUUUUCGUCGGAAUCCUCCACCGUCCCGGAAAACUGCCCGGAUUUGCCGCUGGUGCCACUCCCGCGGGUGGACGACACCUAUCCGCCGCAGAAAAAGUCCUUUAUGAUGCUGCAAUACAUGUGGAGCAAUUUCGGUGAUCGCUUCGAGUGGUUCCUGCGGGCGGACGACGACGUGUACGUGAGAACCGAUCGGCUGGAGAGGCUGCUAAGAUCCGUCGAUUCCAGAAGAGCAAUGUACAUCGGCCAGGCCGGCAGGGGGAACUCGGAGGAGUUCGGCUUGCUAUCGCUGGACUACGACGAGAAUUUCUGCAUGGGUGGUCCGGGGGUCGUGCUGUCCAGGGAAACACUGAGGAAGAUCGUGCCGCACAUCAAAUACUGUCUGCGUCACUUGUACACUACGCAUGAAGACGUCGAACUGGGCAGAUGCGUGAAGAAGUACGCGGGGAUUCCCUGCACUUGGAGCUAUGAGAUGCAGUCCAUUCUUUAUCACAACAGCAGCGGGACCCAAGCGUUCACCGGAAAUCUCAAGAAAAAAGAGGUUCAUCGUGCCAUUACUUUGCAUCCUGUGAAAAGUCCGCCUCACAUGUACAGGCUGCACAAUUACAUGAGGGGGCUGCAAAUACAAGACUUACAGCAGGAGAGGAUCCAUCUACAUCGAGACGUUCACACGAUGGCCCAGGAAUUGGGAGUUAACCUGGACAGCUUAAAAAAUUACGAAAUAGUAGAGGAUCUAUGUCUUUUUCCGGUCAAUCCUAAUUCCGAAAAUUACCCAGGCGACACGGAUGUGCUAGGUGUACCGGCGAGUCUCAGUUCGUUCAAGCCAACGACGAGCGAUGAGGUGAUCCCCUGGGGGUUCCUCUCGAGGCUGGAGUACAGUUUGGCCGAUUCCAAUCCAAGGCGGCGUAUUCAUAGCGACAUUAAGGAGGGCCUGGAAGAUAUCACGAGGGAGGUCAUGGCCUCCAUUAAUUCCUGCUCGCGGCAGCGCGGUCGUAUUGUCGAGGAACGAUCGGCGCUUUAUGGAUAUAGAAGGGUGAACUCUUAUGGGGCUGACACGAUAUUAGAUCUUCUAUUAGUUUACCGGAAGUACCGGGGCAGGAAGGUCACUCUUCCCGUCAGACGACACGUUUAUCUCCACCAACACUUUACUGGAUUGGAGAUACGCGAGACGGUAGACGGAGUUGAAGUCAACCCUUAUCAAAGAUCGGACGAUACGUCUAUUCAUCACUUAUUCCGCAGUGGUUUCCUGAAUCUCAACUUCAAGUAUCAAGAAGAAGAUUUGGUGCGCAGCAAGACCAUCAACUUCAUCUUGCCUCUGUCAGGUCGCUUUGAGAUCUUCCAAAGGUUUCUGAAAAACUACGAGGACAUUUGCCUGACUGUUGGCGAGAAGACGUCGCUGCUCGUCGUGCUCUACCAGCACAAGGACGAAAACUCUUUCAACAAGACGAUAGAUCUGAUCGAACGGCUCAAGUACAGAUAUCGCAGCGGCAGCAUAGACGUUCUGCCGAUAUCCGGGGAAUUUUCCAGAGCCAGAGCUUUAGACACGGGCGUGUCGAAGCUGCAGCCUGAUGAUCUGAUGCUGUUCAUCGACGUGGACAUCGUUUUCACGAACUCGGCGUUGAAUAGGAUACGUCUAAAUACACUUCCAGGCCGGAGGAUAUAUUUCCCGAUCGUUUUCAGUCAAUACAAUCCCCAAGUCGUGUACGGCGAGACCGGCAAGCAAGAUAGAUUCACCAUAAACGAGAUCUCCGGGCAUUGGAGACAGUACGGCUUCGGGAUCGUCUCCCUCUAUAAGAGAGACUACGUUGCCGUCGGCGGUCUAGAUCUCUCGAUUCAAGGAUGGGGCAAGGAGGACGUGGAGUUUUACGAGAAGGCGGUCAAGUCGGGUCUCGAUGUCUUCAGAACCGCGGACAGGCACCUGGUGCAUGUGUAUCACGAGAUAGAGUGCAGCAGAGAGCUACCUAGCCUUCAAUUUUCUAUGUGUAUGGGAUCCAAAGCUGACACAUACGCCGGGGUCGAGACCUUGUCCAAUAGGAUUCACGGUAACCCGGAUAUAUUGUAUUUCGCCAAAGAGAGAAGACAGAAGAGGACCAAUCCGGCUGGCUGAUGUUAAGUCUGCAAAGUGACAGAUUACCAUUUGAAAAUAAUUGCUAAAAAAUAACUCAAGUUAGUAGUAAAGGAAUGACACGAAUUAUGAUUGAGCGCAUUAAGCGCGUCUCUUCGAGGAAUGAAAAUAUGUUCUCGUUACGCACAUGUCAGCAGUUUUAGUCAUGGCAUGCAAUGAACAGAUGAACGGCCUGUCCGAAUUGAACUUUGGUACUAGAUUGUUUCGUUAGUCACGCAUUGUAAAUAUUAAAUAUUAUUGUAUCUAAGUUUCAAGCGAAUAAAGAUUGACAGAACUUCAUGCGUUUCGCUGUAAAACGAGAUGUGUUUGUCGAAUGGAAUGCUCCAAUGUUGGAGAGACAUGUGAUCCUCACAAGCCUUUUAUCGUGAAAUACGAUAACUAAGAUUCUGAUACAAACAUGCGCCUUAUUCUCAUUCCCAGAGAGAGAGAGAGAGAGAGAGAGAGAGAGAGAGAGAGAGAGAGAAAGAAGUCGAAUGAUUUAAUAGAGGAUAUACUAAUCUGAUGUUAGCAGGCUUUGCUAUAUCGAAACUGUAUUACUCAUCGAUGACUGCCGUAGCGAAAAACUCCAUCACGUGGGGAUAGUGAAAGACGCAUCACCGACUAUUGUAGAAAUCAGGUGUAAUGACCCGUAUUUUAUAAGAUCGCUAGUGUGUGAAGUGAGUCUUAAUGUCGUAACGCUAAGUUUAAAUGUGAUAUUAUUGUGCCUUUUUCAUUCUGCAACAUUUUAUGUAUACUGCCAACCUCGUAACGCAUGUAAAAACAAACGUUACGGCUAUUACAAUAUGUAGAUGUAAAUAUUCUUAAAUUGUUAUAUUUUGCGCUUCACGUUUGGUAUUCUCAUCGCAACGAACAAUCGUAUCUCUGUAUCAGCAUUCAAAAUGUGCUAACAGAAAGCCAAUCGUGCGUCGAUCUCAUCUUCGGGAAAUUUGCCGGCGAUUAGAACUUCUGAGAAACUUCGUAAUCUCAGUGGUGCAGAGGAGGUCGAACUUGGGUUAAAAAUAGUCUGGACGUUGCGAGAAACAAAGUUGAAAAAGAAUUAGCAGUUAGUUCGCGCGAAUCGUGUUACAAGUGAUAGCAUAUUGAGCUUCCGAAUGGCGUUAGAGGGAAAGAAAAACCAAAAGAAAAAUUAACUGCUAGAGACGCAAUAAAUAAUGAUAAUUUGUAGUUAUAUACAUGUGAUGUGUGUUUGACAAUAAAGAGGAAGAAAAUAUCGUUUCGAUAAAAAGGCUCGGAUUUUUUUAUAAAAUUCUAUAUGUCUGUAUAUUUAUCGAUAGUAAAUAUUUUCUUAUCGCGUUACUGCUACGUAAAACGAUACAUAAAACACACUAUCUCUUAGACGUUGUAGUUUAUUAAUGCUUUUGAUUAUUCCGCAAGCAAUGAAUAUAUUUGUGGCCACAGUAACGGCUCGCGUCUUUUCGAAGCCUAACACUUAAGAGGAUAUUCUAGUGUAAAGAUCUGUUUUCAAGGCGAUUUUUGGGAAUUAAUUUUAAGCAAAUGGUUAAACCUACAGAGUUAAUGUUUUGUAUUAACAUUUAUUCAUCUUUGAAGAAACAUCUCAUCAAAGCUUUUUAUUCAACAUUGAAGAAAAUACAAGUGAACGAAACAGAUCACGUCGUAAAAUUAUCUUCCAUCGGAUAUGUUGAUUACCGCCGUCCUCGUCAUAAAAAAUAAACGAAUUUGUUUUUA